AUUAUCAGUCUCGUGACAGCAACGGUCGAGAACAGACGUGCGGGUGUUUUGGUCCGUGAGUUUUACGGGAGUGAAGAAGAAAAAGAAGAAGUUCGGUGCGAGAGUUUUCGGCGUUUUCGCGGGUGAUUUCCAGCUGUACGGUUCCGGAAAAGUGUGGGCCGGAUUAAAUCCGGGUAGUGCUUCGCCGAGACCACGCCGGGAGGGCCCCGGAGGCGCGGCCAGCGGCGGAAAAACAGAUUUUCGGAGGGUUUCCUCCUCCAAAUCUGUCAGUUCGGCCCCAGGGCGAAGAACCUUUCGUGCCGGGAGUGAGGGAGAAAGGGAGAAGUGGCCCCAGGGCGGAAGAAUCAGAGUAAACGGUAGUGCGAGGGAGACAACCAGUGUUUUACCAGUGUGGCCAACCCAAGCUUGGCUUCUGCCACUUGGUAGCGGGGACGCACACCCGCGUGCCAGCGACACUGGUGUUUGGACGACAAAGGAGCGGUGCCGGUGUUGCCAUACCAAGUGUGGCGUGCUAAACUUGGUAGCGGAGACACGCACCGGAAGGCUAGCGACACCUAGCGGGAAAAGGAGAAUUGUGUCAGUGUGUCCAGCUAACUUGGAAACAAGUAUAGUUGGAGCACUUUUUCGGCCGAAGGCAAAAAGGUAAGUGUCUUUACUUACUAGUAGUUUUACUACCGACCUACGCAGGUCGCCUCGAUCACCGAGGAGACCACCCCCUGCCUGACGAUGGUCAGGAAAAAGGGGGUCCAGAGCGACCCGGGUGGAGGAUCAACAUCCUCACCCGCGCUCAACGACCGAACGUUGCCGGAGUGGCUGGACAACCAGGGCGAGCAUGGUCCGGUGACCGUGCUGCUCAUGGCCCCAGAGCAUCGUAAAGGCAAGCUUCCGAACAACCCGUUCGUGAUCGCCAAGUCGGUCAAGGAGCAGGUGGGCUCAAUCGCGGCAGCCUACCGGGACAAGGACGGCCAUCUGGUCGUCAAGGUGCGCUGCGCGAAGAAGGCGGCGAAGCUGCUCCAAAUGAAGGAGCUUAUCGACGGGACCAAGGUCACGGUGACUGAACACGCACGGCUUAACCAAGCCAAGUGUAUCACCACCUGCCACACGGUCGAGGAUCUCUCCGAGGAGGAGCUGACCGAGGAGUUGGCCGACCAAGGGGUGAUUGGAGUUCACCGGCUGGGACGAAAGGGGGGCAAAUCGGCCACCAUGGUCAUCACCCUCCGCGGCACGGUAGUUCCCAAGGAAAUUUUCUUUGGGUUCGACCGGUGCUCGACUCGGACCUACAAACAAAGCCCGAUGCAGUGUUUCCGCUGCUUCGGUUACGGCCACACCAAGGCACGAUGCUCAGCCGAGCAGGAGCUGUGCAGGAACUGCUCGAAGGCGCACGCCAUCGAGAAGGACAACGACGGCAAGACGAUCUGUACCGCGGCGGCAAGCUGCAUUCACUGCAACGGGGCGCACUCGCCCACGAGCCGUACGUGCCCGAAAUACGCCGAGGAGGAGGAGAUCAACGAGAUCCGGACGAGCGAGGACAAGUCGGCCCGCGAAGCCCGCCGGCUGUUCCUGGAGCGGAAGGCCGCCGCCACGAGCGGUAGCAGUUACGCAGCAGUGACCGGAGGCGGAAACAGCGAUGCCAAACAACUCGACAACGUUAAGAAGGAGCUGGAGCGGACAAAGCAGGCCUUGGUGUUGGCACUUGAAAAGGUUGCCAAGCUGAAAGAGGUCAUCAAGCAGAACAAGAAGUCCAAGCCCAGCGAACAAGCGACGCCGGCCGAGCAGACUCAAGUGGAGUCGGAAUCGGAUAUGGACGUCGAAGAGGAAGAGAAGCGCAAGCGAGCGCGCCAGCACAGCUCUGAUGAGCAAACCGGAGAAGACGACGACGAUGACGAUGAUGACGAAGAGGAAGAGGAUGAUGAGGACAACAAGUAG